CAAAGAAAAAGGAAAAGCAAAAAGAAAAAAAGAAAAAAAGAAAAAAAGAAAAGGGAAACGAGGGAGCGGUGUGUUGAAUGGUCUGACUUCAACCGCCCGCCCCUCCGUCCCCAUGCUUAUGUUAUGAUUCACGCUCUCCUCUCUCUCUCUCUCUCUCAGACCACAGGCGCACUCGAUUUCUCUCUAUCACCUCCACUACUUCUCCCUCUCUCUCUCAGCCUCAGCACAUCUGUUCUCCGUGUGUGUCGUCCAAUCAGGCUUGUUCAGUUCCAUUCAAUUCAUCAAAGUCCUGAGCCGAGGUUGCCUGCUCGCUCGGCACUUCCAUCGGUUGGUAAUUGUUCAACUCCUCGUCGCUGGUCUGAAUUCAUUCAUGAUGGUAAGACUUGGAAGGAGACGUAUGACGAAGAAAUUUCUAUCGCCGUAGGCUACUUCUUUCCUGUUCCCUGGAAUCCCUGCCUUAAAUUUUGCUUGCCUGAAAUUCGAUGUUUUCAGCCAAUGCCUAUGCCCCCCUUGAAGCAAUAAUCGGGGCUUUCUCCACCUCUGUACCCGCCCCGCUGCUAAAUGAUUUUGCAAUCCCCUUCCUCUCCUUGUGCGAGCUUCCAUUUCUCGCUCAGCUUAUCUCUUCUCUGCCCCUGCGGUGAACCCCGGCUGUUUUCCAGCCCCCACUCCGUCCCUUUUUUCUCCAGAAAGAGGAGGAACCCUUCCCUCAUCCCAACCACCCAUGCCCCCUCAUUCCCCUUCCGGAGAUGGAGUUUCAGGGCUUGCUCAGUUACCUCUCCCUCCGACCCCCGGAAACCCACCUUCAGCGCUGCCCAGAUUGCGGGCCCUUCCAGGAGAGGCGCCAAGAGCUUCGUAGCAAACAAGCUUUACCAUGAGUUGAGCGGCGCUGAUGACAUGAGAUUGUCUCAGGAGGCAUCGUCCCUCCAAAUGGGCUCGAGUUUCACAAACUUCCAGGAAGACCCCAUCGUCGACAAACUCAGGACUCAACUAGGAGUCAUUCACCCCAUCCCCUCCCCUCCCAUCAACCGGAACAUCGCGGGACUAUUCGUUUUCUUUUUCUUCGUCGGCGUUGCCUUCGACAAGCUGUGGACCUCUAGGAAGAAAAAGAAGAGCAGCUUCGGGGCUGGGGAUGGCAGUCGUGGUGCUGCGUGGCCGCAGGUGCCCACGAGCUUUUCCCUCUUCUUGGAAAAGGAUUUGCAGAGGAAAGAGUCGGUGGAGUGGGUGAACAUGGUCUUGGGGAAACUCUGGAAGGUUUAUAGAGCUGGAAUAGAGAAUUGGAUCAUUGGACUGCUCCAGCCUGUCAUUGAUGAUCUGAAGAAGCCUGACUAUGUUGAGAGGGUCGAAAUUAAGCAGUUCUCACUCGGAGAUGAGGCCUUGUCUGUCAGAAAUGUUGAGCGCAGAACUUCACGCCGCGUUAAUGAUUUACAGUACCAGAUAGGCCUUCGAUAUACUGGUGGUGCCCGUAUGCUCUUGAUGCUCUCGCUGAAAUUUGGCAUCAUCCCUAUCGUCGUGCCUGUUGGCGUUCGGGAUUUUGACAUCGAUGGGGAACUGUGGGUGAAGUUGCGAUUGAUACCCACAGAGCCUUGGGUGGGAGCUGUUUCUUGGGCUUUUGUUUCACUUCCAAAGAUCAAAUUUGAGUUGUCCCCAUUUCGCUUGUUCAAUUUGAUGGCAAUUCCUGUUCUCUCCAUGUUUUUGACGAAACUUCUCACUGAGGAUUUGCCUAGACUAUUUGUACGACCGAAGAAGAUUGUCCUUGAUUUCCAGAAAGGAAAGGCAGUCGGUCCAGUCGCAUACGAUUUUAAAUCUGGAGAAAUACAGGAAGGAAACAAAGACUAUGUUGGGGAGCUAUCAGUGACUCUUGUUGAUGCUCGCAAGCUUUCUUAUGUCUUCUAUGGGAAAACAGAUCCUUAUGUUAUUUUAAGCCUUGGCAGUCAAUCUAUAAGGAGUAAAAAGAACAGCCAAACCACCGUUAUUGGACCUCCUGGUGAGCCAAUCUGGAAUCAGGAUUUUCAUAUGCUUGUUACAAAUCCGAGAAAAGAAAAGUUGAGCAUUCAAGUGAAGGACUCUCUUGGGUUUGCAGAUUUGACUAUUGGUACUGGAGAGGUUGAUUUGGUGUCUCUCCAAGACACAGUACCAACAGACAGGAUUGUGGUUUUGAGAGAAGGCUGGGGAGUGUUUAGGAAAGGAUCUUCUGGAGAGAUACUACUUCGGUUGACUUAUAAGGCAUAUGUUGAGGAUGAAGAAGAUGAUAAGAAUAUGCUAGAAUACAUGGACAUAGAUGUUUCAGAUGAUGAGUCUGAUUCUGAUGAUACAAGCACCUCCUAUGAACAAGAAAAGAGAACUUUGACCGAAACAGAUACAGAAUCAUUCAUGGACGUAUUAGCAGCUUUGAUUGUCAGCGAGGAAUUUCAAGGAAUUGUGGCAUCUGACACUGCAAGCACCAAGAUUUUGGAUGACGCUGUCCCUGCUGGGUUGACUACAUCAUCGCGUGGUUCUAGUGGAAACUCCUCACCAUUGGAUUCUGAUAAUGGUCCUGGAAGGUCAAUUUUAUUUUGGCUAGCUGUGAUUACGAGUAUAUCUGUGCUAAUUGCUAUAAAUAUCGGCGGUUCUAGUUUCUUCAAUCCUUGAUUGGUCAUGAUUCAGUAAAGAUCAGAAGCCACCAAUCUGCAGUUGAACUGGUGAAGGUUCUCUUCAUAAUUUAUUUCACCAUGCCAUGACUUUAAUGUCUGAGGCUGUGCAGAUGUGCAGCAAUCUCCCUGCCGCAUCUUAGGUAGAGCUUUCGAUUUAUGGAGUGGAUUCUUUUCUCGCAUGUACAAAAAUUGAUGGCCGUUAGCAGAGGAAUGUUCUGAUGGCGGCAAAGAAAUUUUGUCUCAUAUAUUAUUAUACCUGCAACUGAGAAGGGGACUUGGUGCACUGCUGAUCCUAUUUUCAUUGUCCUGUCCAUAAUAAACAUGAUGUGGUACACAGCCUGUCCGAAGCUUUGUCCCUCACUUUGUGGGUGGGUCCCAUCGGCUGUGUCUUUAGAUUUGCUUGCUUCAUCCAUCAUUGAAGCUGUUCUUGUAGGUUAGGCAAGUGAGUUAUUUGAAGGAUGUGUUGUGAUGUUGCUAGAAUAGUGAUAUGUUACUGAGGCUGGAUUCUCUUUGUAGCAGUUAAUACACACCGGCAGCAGUCAUGGCACAUUUGGAUUCUCUUAGGGUAUUCAGCAGUUUUUGCGGGCUUUUAGUCUGCCCUUUUCUUUCCUGUCAAUUCUCUAGGCUGAAAGUUUCUUGUAGCAAUGGGGAGAGGUAGGGGACAGAUGGUGAACUCAAGAUGUAUAUCACUUAGCAGCCUAGUGUUUUGACCGGAUAUCAAGUGAUAGGGGGGUUCUUAUUCUUUUCCCAGCGAAUCAAACUCCUUGAUGCUGGGGAUACCACCUCCUCUGGGGAUACCAAGUCGGCGCUUUUUUGUUAAGUGCAUCUAUUGUGUGUUUAUGGCCUCCGUCAAAAUGAAAAGAACAUAGAACCUUUAUUGGAGUAAAAGAAACUCCUUUUUUUUUUUGUUGCUGUAAAAUUUGGUUGUAGACAAAAAGUACUCGACUAUGUGAAUGAUGAAAUCAAGAUUAUGGGCAA